AUGGCAGUCACCUACGCAGCCGCCGUCAGCACGCCAAACGGCGGGGUCCGGCAACCUCAGAUCCAGGCCCGAGCCUGUUCAGACCCAGAUCUACGCGCAUCCUUUGAAGCAACGCAAGCACAGCAAAAAGAGCAGACCAAGAAACCCCAACGCCCCGGGGCAGGAAUCCGUGCCAAAACGAGUUUCCGCGGCUGGUCAACCAAGAAGGAAGGCAAAACGAGUCCCAAGCAAGCCAACAAUGAGCCAUACGUCGUGGAGGAAAGUCGACCUUCAGGACAUUAUCCCCGACAAGAGCAUAGACCGAAUACCGCUUCCCAGGACGAACAAGUCUACGUCCUCACGCUCAAACUUACAGACUCCCUAGCCAAACCCAUGGACGAGAUGCGAAACCAGUAUUUCCCCAAACACCUCAACCGCACGGGGGCGCAUCUCACUCUCUUCCAUGCACUCCCACAUUCGCACAUGGAAGCGCUGGAGCAAGGGCUCGCACAGGUAUCUGGGAGCAUCCAACCAUUCGACGUCUCAACUGGCAAGCCCUUCCGUAUGCGCAAAGGCGUAGGCAUAAACGUCGACUCAGGCUACAAGGCGAUGAAAGACGUCCACGCCGAUUUACAAACCCGAUGGUCUGAAUUUCUAAGCGAGCAAGACGCAGGCGGCUUCCGCCCCCACUGGACCGUCAUGAACAAAGUAGACGAAGAGACAAAAGUAGACAGCGCAUUCGCGACGAUACGCCAGGAGUUGAGCGAGAGGAACCAGGAGGGUCGUGCCGUGGGUUUGGAUCUGUGGCGGUACGAGCGUGGGAAUUGGAUUUUCACCAAGGAGUUUGUGUUUGGUGAGGGUUUGGUUAAGACGCCGACCAAGACGGGGUCGCCGCGGAAUCAAGGGCAGCGUUUGUCGCCCGAGCAGAGUCCUACGGAUGGGCCGGGCAGGAGACCGGGCAUGUUUAAGCGGGGGACCAUCAUUCUCGUCGGAGGGUUCGGUACCCGUCUGAGGCCUCUUACCCUCACCUACCCCAAGCCGCUCGUCGAGUUCGCGAACAAGCCCAUGAUCCAGCAUCAGAUUGAGGCCCUGGCCGCUGCCGGUGUCACAGAUGUUGUCCUCGCCGUCAACUACCGCCCGGAAAUCAUGGCCGAGGCGCUCAAGACAUACGAGAAACAAUACAACGUGACCAUCACAUUCUCCGUCGAGACCGAGCCCCUCGGCACCGCCGGCCCCCUCAAGCUCGCCGAAAACGUCCUGGGCAAGGACGACUCGCCCUUCUUCGUGCUCAACGCUGAUGUCACCUGCGACUACCCCUUCAAGCAGCUCGCCGAGUUCCACAAGCAACACGGCGACGAAGGCACCAUCGUCGUCACAAAGGUCGAGGAGCCCUCCAAAUACGGUGUCGUAGUCCACAAGCCGGGCCACGCCUCCAAAAUCGACCGUUUCGUCGAGAAGCCAGUCGAAUUCGUCGGCAACCGCAUCAACGCCGGUAUCUAUAUCAUGAACACGAGCGUGCUCAAGCGCAUCGAGCUCCGUCCUACAUCCAUCGAGCAAGAGACUUUCCCCGCCAUCGUCAAGGACGGCCUCCUCCACUCCUUCGACCUCGAGGGCUUCUGGAUGGACGUCGGUCAGCCCAAGGACUUCUUGUCGGGAACAUGCCUCUACCUCUCGUCGCUCGCGCGCAAGAACUCCAAGCUGCUGACCCCCGCUUCGGAACCCUACGUCUACGGCGGCAACGUGCUCAUCGACGAGUCUGCCAAGAUAGGAAAGAACUGCCGUAUCGGUCCCAAUGUUACCAUCGGCCCGAAUGUUGUCAUCGGCGACGGUGUGCGCCUCCAGCGCUGUGUGCUGCUCAAGAACAGCCGCGUCAAGGACCACGCUUGGGUCAAGAGCUCGAUUGUCGGCUGGAACAGCACCGUGGGCAAGUGGGCGCGUCUCGAGAACGUGACUGUGCUUGGUGAUGAUGUUACGAUUGGCGAUGAGGUUUACGUUAACGGUGGUUCGGUUCUGCCUCACAAGUCUAUCAAGCAGAACGUUGACAGUAAGUUUGCCCUUCAUACCUCACUACGUGGAAUACGGUUGCUGACUUGA